AACAGUUCCUGUGUGCCAGGAACUGCCUUGGACCCUAGAUGGAAAUACAAGGGAAUGGUUUGGUGGUGUUGACAACAAGUAAAUAGGGGACAGUACAGUGAUAUAUUGCUGAGAUAGUUGGCACAAGGUACCUUGGGAGCUGUAGAGGUGUGCGCACCCAACUCAUGUUUGGGAGAGUGGAGUCUGGGAAAACUCUGUGGGGAAGGGAGUUGCCUUCUCCUGAAGGACGACUAGAAAGUGGAUAGGUAAGCAAAAAUGUGUAUUGUGUGCUUUGAAGUGGUGCUGAUUGGUUAGGGGAAUGGGAAAUCAUUUAUUUUUGUUGAUAGCCGUGAAAUAGAACAGAGCUUCCUGGGCGGCUUUGAAGUAAGAAAAUUUUGCAGUUUUGCAGCAGGGUUCUUCAGUAGCCUAUUUUGCCCAUAGAUUAUGAGGUUUGGAAGAAAAAUAAUGUUUUAUCUCUUUCAGGUAAAGCCAUAUUCCUGCUCUUAAAAAUAUUUUUCUUUUUUAGGCUUGAUCUUUCAGAUGUAGUCCUGCCUGCUACAUUCCUAACUUCAAACUAUAUUCAGUAUUAGGGAAGUUGCCCAUUACUUUAACUUUCUUGAGAGAAAAUUGACAUUACAAGGAAAGAAGAAUAAGCUGAACAGACUCUGACCAUUGCUUUCAGCUCACCAGGACCUUCUGCCUAGCUCUCCUUUCGUGGCCCAUGUGCUGCAUCCUCUGCCCUCAGAGUGCAACUGGCCCCCAACGCAAUGUGUGUUUGUCAAACCAUGGAAGUGGGGCAGUAUGGCAAGAACGCAAGUCGGGCCGGAGACCGGGGAGUCCUCCUGGAGCCCUUCAUCCACCAGGUGGGCGGACACAGCAGCAUGAUGCGCUACGACGACCACACUGUAUGCAAGCCUCUCAUCUCCCGGGAGCAGCGCUUCUACGAAUCCCUUCCUCCCGAAAUGAAGGAGUUCACCCCGGAGUAUAAAGGCGUGGUGUCUGUCUGUUUUGAGGGAGACAGUGAUGGUUACAUCAACUUGGUGGCCUACCCUUAUGUGGAAAGUGAGACUGUGGAGCAGGAUGACACACCAGAGCGGGAGCAACCUCGGCGCAAACACUCCCGCCGGAGCCUGCACCGAUCAGGCAGUGGCAGUGACCACAAGGAGGAGAAAGCCAGCCUGUCCCUUGAAACCUCUGAGAGCUCCCAGGAGGCAAAGAGUCCAAAGGUGGAGCUCCACAGCCACUCAGACGUCCCUUUCCAGAUGCUGGAUGGCAACAGCGGUUUGAGUUCUGAGAAGAUCAGCCAUAAUCCCUGGAGCCUGCGCUGUCACAAGCAGCAGCUGAGUCGCAUGCGCUCCGAGUCCAAGGACCGAAAGCUCUACAAGUUCCUCUUGCUUGAGAACGUGGUGCACCACUUCAAGUACCCCUGUGUGCUGGACCUGAAGAUGGGCACCCGGCAGCACGGGGAUGACGCAUCCGCGGAGAAGGCGGCCCGGCAGAUGAGGAAGUGCGAGCAGAGUACGUCAGCUACGCUGGGUGUCAGGGUCUGUGGCAUGCAGGUGUACCAGCUGGACACAGGGCAUUACCUCUGCAGGAACAAGUACUAUGGCCGCGGGCUCUCCAUUGAAGGCUUCCGCAACGCCCUCUAUCAGUACCUGCACAACGGCCUGGACCUGAGGCGUGACCUUUUUGAGCCCAUCCUGAGCAAACUGCGGGGCCUGAAAGCUGUGCUGGAGCGGCAGGCCUCCUAUCGCUUCUACUCCAGCUCCCUGCUUGUCAUCUACGACGGCAGGGAGUGCCGGGCAGAGUCCUUCCUGGACCGCCGGGCCGAGAUGCGUCUCAAGCACCUGGAUACGGGGCUCCCUGAGGGGGCACCACCCUGUGGCCCCAGCACCAGCCCCAGUAGCACCAGCCCUGAGGCCGGCCCCUCCUCUCCACCCAAGGUGGAUGUCCGCAUGAUCGACUUUGCACACAGCACGUUCAAGGGCUUCCGGGAUGACCCCACCGUGCAUGACGGGCCGGACCGAGGCUAUGUGUUCGGUCUAGAGAACCUCAUCAGCAUCAUGGAACAGAUGCGGGACGAGAACCAGUAGGCCCGGCCCUGGGCCCCCAGAACCCCUUCCUCUCCACCCGCAGGCAGGGACCAUUGCUCUGACUGAACUCGCCGUGAGGACACACAGACUUGCUUUUAAAGGGUUAUAUUUCUCUUUGGUGUAAACUAAAAGAAAUGUUUUUAGCUGUAGCCUGGAAUCCAUAUAUAUAAAGUGAAGGAGGGCACAACACACAUCCUCUCAGCCAGGCUCCUUUAGCUCUACGGCUCUGACUGCUGUGUCCAGGCUGACUUAGAAAGGAAGAGGUGCCCCUGGUGGAUGGGCUUGGCAGCAGGGACAGGGUACCCUUGGACAUUGGUUUCUCUUGCCUAGGUCUUUGGCGUCUGUGGCUGCAGGGCCCUGCUGGUCUUAGGGUGAAGCUGUGGGCUGGUACAGGGCCCCUCUGUGCUCACUCAUCCCUUGUUCCUCACCAGUAGAGGAUUGGGUGCCCAUCCGUUGGGGGACUUCCUAGUCUGGUGGCAUGGGCAUCAACCAGCUCUUUAACACAUGCCCCCCGGGUAGCACAGGGCCAAUUGCACAUCGCUGGACCCGUCCUUCUCGGUUCUGCUUGGCAUGAGGCUAGAUUCAUGAAGCUGAGCUGAAGCCAGCUUAUGGCAGAGGGCAGGCCCUGGGAUCCCCAGGCACUCUUUGGCACUUGAACCUGCUCCUCUUCCUGCCUGCACACCCCAGCCAGCCUUUCUUACUGAGAUCCCUUGCCUGAGGAGGCCACCCCUUCUUGCCCCAUUGAAGGGGGUCCCUGCUCUAUUUGCCGAGGAGAGUCAGUGUCCCAGCAGGCCUCAGGGCGUCUGGUGGCUCUGGCCUAGACAGUAUUUGCAGUUCUUGUGCUGUGGGUGGGAGUCGUCUUCCUCUAGCUUGGGCAGCUGUGCUGCCUCUGGAUGGUCUGCCCUUCCCAGGGCUCAAGGGCUGUGGUCCGCUCAGGGUGUCACCUUUCUCCAGGCUAAGCUCAAGGCAGCAACCCAUUGUGAGGAGCUCCAGUCUUGUGAGGGAGAGCUUGAAGCUUGUCUGUUCAUAGAGACAUUGUUUGGGCCUUGGGUGCAGGUGCCCAGAUUCUGCUAAUGAGUUUCGUCUUAUCAGUCCUGGGAUCCAUCAGUCUGUCCAUUUGUCCAUCUCCCAGCCAGCCCUUGUCUCUUGGGAUCUUUUUCCUGGGCUGUAGCCUUGUUCAUUAGUAAAUAUUGAUUUCUGUCCUGCCAUUUCUGAGGUGAGCUUUUGCCCCUGUGCCUGUUGUCAGCAGGUGCGACCUUUUUACAGAGAAUUGGUAGCAAAUGAAUUGUAGGAGGUGUUUCCCGGAUGGCCCAGCACCUUCUCUGUGGGCCUGGCAGUGUGUAGCCCUGCUCCACGUGGACAGUGGUACAGUGAAGGCCCAAGGGGUGAUCUUUCUGGUGGUUUUUAAUAAUUUUUGCCUCCAGCCCUUAAUGGCACAGAGACCUGCCACCUCGAACAUGUGGCCAGGAGGUGACACUGCACUCACCUAGCCAUUGCCAAGGUUAGUGCCCUCCCCUCUGAGCCUAGGGCCACUGUCAUUGUUGCUUUGGGCGUGUCCUUGUUUGGGCAUUAAAGGUAAGCCUGCCAGCCUGUCGAGGCCUUGGAAGUGGUGGAUUACUUUCCGAUUCCUUAGAGAUGCAGCUUCACACAUUUUAAAUGGGCUCCUUGAUGGAUCCCAUCUCUCUCUCAGCCCUCUGAUCCUGGUGCCAGUAGUGGGCAGGUUCCCAUUCCUUGGGGCUGGGAGGGACAGCUUGCUUGUUUCUGGUCAGUAACGACCAUCUUUCCUGUACCAUUCUGUGGCUUCAGGGGGGUAGUAGCUCAUUCGUUUGGACUGGCAUUUCCUGGCAGGGCAGAGGCUAAGACCAAGAGUCAGGGGCCACUUGGGACCCCCUUUAGUUGAACCUCUCCAGCCUGGGGAUGUGCUGUGCCUCCUGAGUUCCUGUAUUUUGGGAGCACAUGCUGCCCCGUUGUGCUCUUCAUAGUGAGAGAGACUAUACCCACUAUCUUCAGCGUUUUCCUGGCACUAAAAAGAGAAGAAGGGCCUGGGAUUUGCUGCUACUCCAUCAGGGCAGGAUCCCUCUUUUCAGCACUUUUGACACUUGGAGACUCAGCUCUGUUACCUGGUGGGUGGUGGGCAUGUGUGUGCACACACACUCUCUGCCUCUACUCCUUCUGCCUGCUCCUUGUCAGAGAGCCCUGUCCCUGCCAGGCCCUGCCUUCCCAAACCCCAACUUGGGACCAAAGUGCAACGCGGGAUCACGGGUUGGGGUGCUCAAGUGACCCCCCUCUCUAGUGCUUCCCUGGGCCAAGUAGACACCAGCCCCCCGGGGGGGGGGGAGUGGGACCGGCGGUGCUUAACGAGGAAGGGGACCAGUGUAGCAACUUGGCCAGGGACCCCACCCCUCCCUCACAUUGGGGCCUGUGCAGUGGGUGUGGGGGUUUCCCCAGGGGCCAAAGGCCUGGGCUAGUUCUUUAGCCGCUGCUCACUCGCGCACGUCCACGUGCACGCCCCCUCGAUGCAGAUUGCUUGGAACUUUAUCGCUGUUCAAUUUGGUUUUGUUUUUGCCGAUUAAAAAAAAGUUUUAAUGAGGAAAAAAAUUGGAGCACCCUGGGAAGGACCUGGUUCCUUUGCUUCUCGGGGAACUGUGAGGCCUCGCCUCUAGGAAUCGCUCUCUGCUCUGCUUUCCCGCCUAAACCUGCCCACGCCGCCCGAGGCCUGCGCCCCCUUCCACUCUCGGCUUCGGCCGCGGCUGGGCCAGCUGCGUCUCCUCGGGACCUUGCGUGCCGGGGAGGGGUGCUCGGGCCUUGCGCCGGGUCGCCCCUUUCUGUACACCUAGCGCUGCCCGCCCCGCUUGUGUCUGAAGUCGUGUAUGUCAAAAUAAAGCCGCUAGAAACUGA